GUGUUACAAUCUGACCUUGAAAACAGGGAGAAGCAGCAGGAAAAAAUGCUGGACCAACUAAAGGAGAUACAGAAUUGCUACAAGGUUUGUGAGGAUGGACGUAGACAAACUGAACUCCAGUCUGCAGAGUUAGCUCAGCAGGUUGAAGAGAGUACAAAGGAAGCAGAACGGUACCUCACUGAAUUCAAGCAUUCAGAGACACUUAGGCUGGAGGUUGAGAAAAAAAGACAAGAUUUGAAAGUGAGAGCACAGGAGACCAUCCGUCAAUGGAAGCUGAAAUGCAAGAAAUUGGAUCGUGAGGUGGAAAAACAAAAUGAAACUAUCAACCAACUAAUGGACAAGAACAGUCAGGCCCUCAAAGAAAAAGAUGACCUCAGAAGUCAACUUCUCUCAGCUAUACACCAAAUAGAAAACCUUAGGAAAGAGGUGAAUGAUGUGCUUACAAAGAGAGCCCAGCAGGAAGAACUGCUCCACUGCAAAGAGGUAAAACUGAAUGAAAUGAAGUCUCACCAGGUGUCUCUGGAAGAAGAGAUCAAAGAAAUUCAAGGUACUGUAAAUAAAUUGGAGAAUGAGUUGAAAAAGCAAGUCUUCCUACAAAAUCAAUUGCAAUCUGAAAAGGAACACUUGGAGACAGAACUUGCAUCUAGUAACUUGGUCCAUAAAAAAGACCAAGAAAGACUUUUAGAAAUGCAAGCAGAUGUAAAAAACUUAAGUUCUAUACGGGUGGAACUAACAAACAGAAUAGCGCAAGAGGAGAAAGUCAAAAAGGAAUUACAUAAGAGCCUCUCAGACCUCCAGAAACAGCNGGAAUCUAAGCAUGAAGAAGUGACUUCAGCUAACAGGAAGCUGAGAAUGGAAAGAGAAGUUCACCAACAGGAGCUGACAGAUCUUAGAUCAGAGUUACAAAAUGUUAAAAUCAAACACGAACAAAAUGUUCAAGAGCUCAUGAAACUCAUGGAAAAAGAAAAGGAUGAGGCAGAGGCUCAGAUGAAAAUGCUAAAGAUGGAACUUGUAGAAGAGAAAAAUGUAGUCAAGACUCAGUGUCGACAGCUGGAGAGGAUAAAAAUUGAGUGUGAUAAAUUGACAGAAGAAUUAACCCAAAAUGAAGAAGAAAAUAUCAAACUCAGGCGGAAAUGUGAGUUAAUAAAACAAGAACUGGAGAAAAAG